AACAAAAUUAAAUAAAGAAAUGAUUUUCGCCAGCUUUGGUGCUAAAUUAAUUUAAAUAAAAAUCAAAAAAAGUGUUUCAGUCAAAUGACGCCAUCUGGCCACAUGCAGUCUUAAGUGCAAAUUGUCAUUGACCAAGACUUUAAAAACGGAAUACAUGUGGCUGGUUGUUGACUGAAAAUAAAAGGAAAUAUCCCUCGAAAGAGCCCCACAAAAGAGGAUCAAGACUAAAGAGGAAGUGGCACAAGUAAAAGCUUGGCUAUUACGGAGAAUUUUUCUCUGAAAAAUCUGUCAGCCGAAUGGUUUCUAUGGUUCCGCUUCAUUAAAUGGUGCAAGAGUGCAGCGUGAUCAUUAAGCAACAUACCGCCCACCCUGACAACAGACUGGAAAAUGUCGGAAAUUGUGGACACCGAGCUGCUGGUCAACUGCACCAUCCUCGCCGUCCGGCGCUUCGAGCUGAACAGCAUUGUGAACACCACUCUGCUGGGCAGUCUUAACCGAACUGAGGUGGUCAGCCUCCUGUCGAGCAUCAUCGAGAACCGGGAUAAUCUCCAGAGCAUCAACGAGGCCAAAGACUUUCUAACCGAGUGCCUGUUUCCAUCGCCGACACGACCGUACGAGUUGCCAUGGGAGCAGAAAACGAUUUGGGCCAUCAUUUUCGGCCUGAUGAUGUUUGUGGCCAUUGCCGGCAAUGGUAUUGUACUCUGGAUUGUAACAGGACAUCGCAGCAUGCGAACGGUCACAAAUUACUUCCUGCUGAACCUGAGCAUCGCCGACCUGCUGAUGUCGUCGCUGAACUGCGUCUUCAACUUUAUAUUCAUGCUGAAUUCGGAUUGGCCAUUCGGUUCGAUUUAUUGCACAAUCAACAAUUUCGUGGCCAACGUCACGGUCUCCACCUCGGUCUUCACGCUCGUGGCCAUCAGUUUCGAUAGAUACAUCGCAAUUGUGCAUCCGCUGAAGCGCCGCACGUCGCGUCGGAAGGUGCGCAUCAUCCUGGUCCUGAUCUGGGCACUCAGCUGUGUGCUGUCGGCGCCCUGUCUGCUCUACUCCAGCAUCAUGACCAAACACUAUUAUAAUGGAAAGUCGCGGACAGUUUGUUUCAUGAUGUGGCCUGAUGGAAGAUAUCCCACUUCGAUGGCGGAUUAUGCGUACAACCUGAUCAUCCUGGUACUGACCUACGGCAUUCCCAUGAUAGUGAUGCUCAUCUGCUACUCCCUGAUGGGCCGCGUCCUUUGGGGCAGUCGAUCGAUCGGCGAGAACACGGAUCGCCAGAUGGAGUCGAUGAAGUCGAAGCGGAAGGUGGUUCGCAUGUUCAUCGCCAUCGUGUCCAUCUUCGCCAUAUGUUGGCUGCCGUACCACCUGUUCUUCAUCUACGCCUACCACAACAACCAGGUGGCAUCCACGAAGUACGUGCAGCACAUGUACCUCGGAUUCUACUGGCUGGCCAUGUCCAAUGCCAUGGUCAAUCCGCUCAUCUACUACUGGAUGAACAAGAGGUUCCGGAUGUACUUCCAGCGCAUCAUCUGCUGCUGCUGCGUGGGCCUCACCCGCCACAGAUUCGACUCGCCGAAGAGCCGGCUGACCAACAAGAACAGCUCGCACCGGCAUACAAGAGGUGGGUACACCGUCGCCCACUCGCUCCCCAACUCCUCUCCCCCGACCACCCAGACCACCCAGAACACCCAGACCAUCCAGACCAUCCUGGCCGACAAGGCCCAGCCCCAGACCCAGUUGCUUUUGUCUCACCACAAACCACUACCCACGCAACAUUCCGCAGCGGAGAACAAAAGCCAGUGGAAGCGGAGCACCAUGGAGACCCAGAUCCAGCAGGCGCCGCUCACCAACUCUGGUCGGGAUCCGCGGACGCCGCAGCCACUGAAGGUGGUGGACGGAGCCAGUCGCGUGGGCGUCGAGUGCAUCAUGGAGCGGCCGGCGGACGGGAACAGCUCGCCGCUUUGUCUCUCCAUCAACAACAGUGUUGGCGAACGGCAGCGAGUGAAAAUUAAAUACAUCUCCUGCGACGAGGACAAUAAUCCCGUGGAGCACAGUCCCAAACAUCUGUGAUGUUGGCCCGUUUCGUCCUGCCACUCGAACGGAUUGUGAAUUCUGGCUCUGGCCCUUCGUUUCGCUGCGGGGGAAAUGCAAUUUGCCAUUGCUUGCUCUAUCCUGUACAUACACCCACACUCACUACUAAAAAACGAAGAAACAUGCAUGCAAAGCAGGGUGGGUCGAUAUUGGGCACUGAAAAAAUCUAUUAUAUUAUUCAAUAUGCUCAAUCGCAUUGAAUUUAAAUUAAGUAUCAUUUGAGAAAUGCAUUAAAAAAUGUAAGGUCAACUGCGAUUUGAUUGUUAUCUUCAUAAUCGUUUUUACAAAAUUAAUUGCUUACUAUUUUUCAACCUAAUUUUUGGGUUUUAGUUUUCAUUGCUAAUUUUAUCCAAAUAUUAUUUUCUUUAUUUGUCUUUAUAGACGUUUUAAUUAAAUUAAGUUAGCUAAUUUUGUUUUAAACUAAUUUUUGUGCAAAUAUUUUUUUUCUCCUCAUUUAUUCUUUUGACCCACCCUACUGCAAAGUCGAAUUUCCGGUUGUCAAAAGAAAAUACUUCAGCAAGAAGUAAGAACUUACCAAUAAAUUGAAUUUGUAUGUAUAUACGAUAUAUAGAGAAAUCUAUCGACACUUUAACCAUCGAAGAGCUGUAAGUUUUAACUGUUGUAAACAUCUAGGCUAAGCCAAGUCUUUAAAUACAGUCGGUGUAUAUCCGAUAAAUAUAUCUGCGUAUAUAUUUGUGCUAUUCGUUUGAGUAAUUCAAUUAAACGAAUCAUGGAAUUUCUCUUUCUAAGCUGUUUAAAGCUCACUUUAUUAAUAGAAGAACAAUUCAUGUUAUUGGUUUUGGUUUGUGUCUA